AUGAUUAUUAUUUCUAAGAUUUGUCAUUCUUGUCAAUCAGUCAUGCGCCCACGUUGUAUGAAAAAUUCAUGUUGUCUUGCACUUCGUUCUUGCAUACGUCCAUCUACCGGUAGAUCUCUUUAUGCUCUUCUUAUAAAAGAUAUUAUUAAAUUUCAACGAAAUCCAUUAAUGCUUAUUAUUCAACUUCUUCUACCAAUUCUACAAAUAACUUUAUUUUGUUUAUGUGUUGGACGAAAAUUAACUGAUAUUCCAAUAGGAUUUAUUUCACGUGAAACUAUUCGAUCGACUUCUGCGAGUGGAUUAAUAUUUAAUAAAAUUGAUAAAAAUGUUAUUAAUCUAAUUGAAUAUAAAUCGAUAAACGACGCUCGAGAUUUAUUUCAUUCGGGAUAUUUAUUCGGAAUUAUGGAUAUUGGUGCAAAUUUUACUCGAGAGUUUUUUGAAAAAAUAAAUUCUUGUUCAUUUUCUGACGCAAAUAAAUAUACAGAUUCUCAAGUGACAAUCUAUUUAGAUCAAACAAAUCGACAAAUUGUUUAUACAAUUGCUGAAGAAUUUAUUCGAGCUUUUAAAAGUAUUGAUAUAGAUUUUAAUCUGGGAUUUUUUACAUCGACUUCAUCAAAUCAAUCAUUAUUUAAAUUAGAACAAUUUCAAAAUCAUCUACCAGAAAUUGAAUAUACUUUUACACAUUUUAUGAUACCUGGUAUCGUUCUUUCUGUUAUUUUUUUCUUUAAUGUUGCUCUUACUGCUCUUUCACUUGUCACUGAACAAAGUGAUGGAACACAAGAACGUGUAUGGAUAACAGGUGUAUAUUUACAUUUUCUUUAA